CGAGGAGGCGGCGGCGGCGGCGUGAGGCACCCAUGGCGGGAGGACUCAAAGUGGCCGCCCGGUCGGCCGUUGGCCCCGGGCCCUGGUGCUGGGGCGCCGGGGGCGGUGGGGUCGCCUGGCUGCUCUUCGUCCUCUUCGGCUGCGUGGUCUGCGGCUCAGCUGGAAUUGAUGUAAAUGUGGUUAUGCUUCAGGAGUCCCAAGUUGAUAUGAAUUCCAAUCAACAAUUCUGUUAUAAAAACGUGCUUAUCCCAAAGUGGUAUGAUAUAUGGACACGGAUACAGGUCCGGGUAAAUAGUUCCAAGCUGGUCCGAGUCACCCAGGUGGACAAUGAGGAGAAGCUGAAGGAGCUAGAGCAGUUUAGUAUCUGGAACUUCUUUUCUUCCUUUUUAAAAGAGAAAUUGAAUGACACCUAUGUUAACGUGGGUCUGUACAGCACAAAAACCUGCCUCAAAGUUGAGAUUAUAGAGAAGGACACCAAAUACAGUGUCAUUGUGACCCGGAGAUUUGACCCCAAACUCUUCCUUAUUUUCCUCCUUGGACUUAUGCUAUUUUUUUGUGGAGACUUGUUGAGCAGGAGUCAACUUUUCUACUAUUCCACUGGAGUGAGUGUGGGAAUUGUGGCCUCUCUGUUAAUCAUCAUUUUUAUGCUCUCCAAGUUUAUGCCCAAGAGAAGUCCCAUUUACGUCAUCCUGGUAGGAGGCUGGUCCUUUUCUCUGUACCUCAUUCAGCUAGUUUUUAAGAAUUUACAGGAGAUAUGGAGAUGUUAUUGGCAUUAUCUUCUAAGCUACGUCCUCACGGUUGGAUUCAUGAGUUUUGCAGUGUGCUACAAGUACGGGCCCUUGGAGAAUGAGAGAAGCAUCAACCUGCUGACUUGGACCCUGCAGCUGCUGGGCCUGGGCUUCAUGUACUCCAGCAUCCAGAUACCACACAUUGCUUUUGCUCUGGUCAUCAUUGCGCUGUGUACCAAGAACCUGGAGUAUCCCAUUCACUGGCUGUACAUCACCUACAGAAAGAUGUGUAAAGCAACAGAAAAGCCUGCCCCCCCUCGCCUCCUGACAGAAGAAGAGUAUCGGAUACAAGGAGAGGUGGAGACCCAAAAAGCUUUACAGGAGCUCCGAGAGUUUUGUAAUAGUCCAGAGUGCUCUGCCUGGAAGACCAUAUCUCGGAUUCACUCUCCAAAAAGAUUCGCUGACUUUGUGGAAGGUUCUUUUCACCUCACGCCAAAUGAAGUCUCUGUUCACGAGCAGGAGUAUGGAUUAGGGAGCAUAAUUGCCCAGGAUGAGGAGCUGUCCUCAGAGGAGGAAGGCUCAGAGUACCCUGCUGUGGUCACCCAGAACAGCUUCCUGACUUAGUUGGGAAUCGGUUAUUUUCAGGUAGACUGGUGUGGUCCUGAGGGUGCAGAAGCUCGCCUCCUGAAAGCCGAGGACUGGGGGUGUCACCCCGGCAGUGCUUUGGUGGUCUCCAAGGGAUCCCUGAGGAAAGAGUGGAGGAAGGAGUGAGUGCUGUAGUCGCUUGAUUCUGACAGUGGAGCUAUUGGUCCACUCUGCUAUUCCUGAAGAGACUGGUUGGCCACAGCCAGCAUGAUAGUCUAGCUCCUGUUUGAAAGUUCACUGAAUGAUGGUGAUUCCGUCACUGGGACAAACUCUCAGAAAUUAAGUGCAGUAAUGCAUUCAGAUCAUAGACUGCAUCUCCUAAAGAGAAAUCUACAAAUUUGA